AUGAAAUCACUCGUCGUCGCGCCAUCGAUGGGCUCGCUGCAUCGUGGCCAGCACGUGACUCGUACCACGGAAUACCGAAAUUGCUUCCGCGCGGCGCGCUCUAGAGCAACUCGACUCGCCGGGCUCUUUUGCGCGAUUCUGCUGACCGUGGACGUCAUCGCGAACGACUGGGAGCUCAUCAACUACGUUGGGAACGGCAAGCAUUUUCUCAGCCCAUUGCUCGACUGCGAGUCGGUGGACGUCCUCGAAGUGGAGCACUCAUUCCCUAAAGACACGUCCCCCAACCAAAUUUCCAAGGUCGGCCGGUUCAUGAUUGACAGCGCUCUGACUCAAAUUCUGGACCGCGCUGGGACGUCGUAUGUCCUGAGCAUGGGGUCGUACGCCAUUCGAAAUCCAGUCAGCGACAUUUGUGGCGACCUCGUCCAGACAUACCCUGUCCUGGCGACGGCAUCACGUACAUCCGCGGCAACGCACUGA